GGGGCCUUUUGGGGCGGUCCUCAGCGUUGCCUGCACGAAUAUCUAACAGGUCUGCGACGAAUAGAUCCCGAAACUUUACAUCGUGUUUUCUAACAAGCCUGCUGACAGGCACUAUGAAAAUCCAAGCGGAGAGAAGCCCAAGCAAUGAGGCCACCGCUGUACCAAUCAUCCUUUCCAAGCCUGGGCCGUAGUCGGCCUUCCCGCCCCCGCUUCCCCCGCCCAGCACUAGGGGGCCUGCAUACGGUCAGGCAGCAGCCAGGGCGACUUCCUUCCUCUCUGGGCAAGAUGGCCGGUGGCGAGGCUGGAGUGACUCUGGGGCAGCCGCAUCUUUCGCGCCAGGAUCUCGCCACCUUGGAUGUUAGCAAGUUGACGCCACUUUCACAUGAAGUUAUCAGCAGACAAGCCACAAUUAAUAUAGGUACAAUUGGCCAUGUAGCUCAUGGGAAAUCCACAGUUGUCAAAGCUAUUUCUGGAGUUCAUACUGUCAGGUUCAAAAAUGAACUAGAAAGAAAUAUUACAAUCAAGCUUGGAUAUGCUAAUGCUAAGAUUUAUAAACUUGAUGACCCAAGUUGCCCGCGACCAGAAUGUUAUAGAUCCUGUGGGAGUAGUACACCUGAUGAGUUUCCUACAGACAUUCCAGGGACCAAAGGGAACUUCAAAUUAGUCAGACAUGUUUCCUUUGUUGACUGUCCUGGCCAUGAUAUUUUGAUGGCCACUAUGCUGAACGGUGCAGCAGUAAUGGAUGCAGCUCUUCUGUUGAUUGCUGGUAAUGAAUCUUGCCCUCAGCCUCAGACUUCUGAACACCUGGCUGCUAUAGAGAUCAUGAAGCUGAAGCAUAUUUUGAUUCUACAAAACAAAAUUGACUUGGUAAAAGAAAGUCAAGCUAAAGAGCAGUAUGAGCAGAUCCUUGCAUUUGUACAAGGUACAGUAGCAGAAGGAGCUCCCAUCAUUCCAAUUUCUGCUCAGUUAAAAUAUAAUAUUGAAGUUGUUUGUGAGUACAUAGUAAAGAAAAUUCCAGUACCCCCAAGAGACUUUACUUCAGAACCCCGACUUAUUGUUAUUAGAUCUUUUGAUGUCAACAAACCUGGCUGUGAAGUUGAUGACCUUAAGGGGGGUGUAGCUGGUGGUAGUAUUCUAAAAGGAGUAUUAAAGGUUGGCCAGGAGAUAGAAGUCAGACCUGGUAUUGUUUCCAAAGAUAGUGAAGGAAAACUCAUGUGUAAACCAAUCUUUUCCAAAAUUGUUUCACUUUUUGCGGAGCAUAAUGAUCUUCAGUAUGCUGCUCCAGGGGGUCUGAUUGGUGUUGGAACAAAAAUUGACCCCACUUUGUGCCGAGCUGACAGAAUGGUUGGACAGGUGCUUGGUGCAGUCGGAGCCUUACCUGAGAUAUUCACAGAAUUGGAAAUUUCCUAUUUCUUACUUAGACGGCUUCUAGGUGUACGCACUGAAGGAGACAAGAAAGCAGCAAAGGUGCAAAAGCUGUCUAAGAAUGAAGUACUAAUGGUGAACAUAGGAUCCCUGUCGACAGGAGGGAGAGUUAGUGCUGUCAAGGCUGAUUUGGGCAAAAUUGUUUUGACUAAUCCCGUGUGCACUGAAGUAGGAGAAAAAAUUGCCCUUAGCCGAAGAGUUGAGAAACACUGGCGUUUAAUUGGUUGGGGCCAGAUAAGAAGAGGAGUGACAAUCAAGCCAACAGUAGAUGAUGACUGAAGAAUUCCAGUUAAACAAUACAAUUGGAUGGAGUCGGAAUUUCUCUUAACCUAAGGGGUUUAUUUUCAAAGCAAUACUAGGGAGUUUAUUUCACAGCUCAUUAGUAGGCAGCUGUAAGGUUAUUCUAAUUUUUUUGGUUAUGAAAAUUUAACCUCUAGUACUAAAUUAAGGUCUACAAUUUAAAAAUUGGCAUAAUGUUAGAUUGAAUAUACAUUUUAGCAGAAGUUAAACAUUCCCAAAUAAUGUCUAAUUUGUACGUCAGUGCAG